GCGUGGCGGCCCGAGCCGAGCCGAGCCGAGCCCAGAGUGGCGUUUAGUCCGCCGAGGCCGCUUGGCUGGGCUCGGUUGUGGUGCUGUGGCUGUUAUUUAUUUGCUCUCUGUGUUAGGGGCCCCUUCUUUUCAUUCCUCCCCGGUUGGCGGGUGUUUUCUUUUGUUCUUUGGUGCUCCCACCCGCUGCAGAAAGCAGCCUGUUUCCCCGCGCCACCCACUUUUCCGUGUGUUUUUCCGCCCCCUUUUUUCUUUGCAACCUGCCGCAUAAUGUCGACAUGAUUCGUGCGGAGAACAAUGGCAAUUCUCGGCAUUGCGAAAAGAGCAGCGGGUCUCACUCGCUUCGGGGAUAAACGCUGACUGUAGGGAGUAAUAGUGCGUGUUUUUUUUGUGUGUGUGUUUUGCAAUCGUCCAACAAACACCUUCGUAGCAUUGAUUUCCCUCAUCACCAGCCGCCCACCCCCUUUUUUUUAUUCCAGAUAAGGAAGGCUUUUUAUUUCUAAUCAGGAGGACGAACGCAACUGUUGGGUGGAUUGUGAGGGAAUUGUUUUGCUCUCCCUCUCCCUCUCCUCCUCCCUCCCCCCCUCUCUCUCUCUCUCUCUCUCGGAGCAGAGACUGUAAAGGUAUUUUCAUCCUUUUCGUUUGUGGAGACCAAGCUGUGCUUUUUUUUUUGUUUUAUUCGGAAAAAUGGAGGCUGUUAUAGAGAAGGAAUGCAGUGCGCUUGGUGGACUCUUUCAAACCAUCAUCGGCGACAUGAAGGGGAGCUACCCAAUCUGGGAAGAUUUUAUUAACAAAGCGGGUAAGCUACAGUCCCAACUCAGGACAACAGUGAUGGCUGCUGCUGCUUUUUUGGAUGCCUUUCAGAAAGUGGCAGACAUGGCUACGAAUACCCGUGGUGCAACAAGAGAAAUUGGUUCAGCAUUAACCAGAAUGUGUAUGAGACACAGAAGCAUAGAAUCUAAACUUCGUCAGUUCUCAGCAGCUCUGAUCGAUUGCCUGAUAAAUCCACUUCAGGAUCAAAUGGAAGAAUGGAAGAAAGUCGCCAACCAGCUGGACAAGGAUCAUGCAAAAGAAUAUAAAAAAGCUCGGCAAGAAAUCAAGAAAAAAUCGUCUGAUACAUUGAAACUUCAGAAGAAGGCAAAGAAAGGAAAAGGAGACAUUCAACCCCAGUUGGACAGUGCUUUGCAAGAUGUAAAUGAUAAAUAUCUUCUGCUUGAAGAGACAGAAAAACAAGCUGUCCGUAGAGCCCUCAUUGAAGAACGCAGUCGUUUCUGUGCUUUUGUUUCCAUGCUACGACCUGUGGUUGAGGAAGAAAUGUCAAUGCUGGGAGAAGUAACCCAUCUGCAGACUAUUGCAGAUGACCUGACUAACCUGACGAUGGAUCCUCACAAACUGCCGACAGCCAGUGAACAGGUGAUUAUUGACCUGAAGGGCUCUGAUUAUAACUGGACAUACCAAACCCCUCCAUCUUCUCCAAGCACCACCAUGUCCAGGAAGUCCAGUGUCUGCAGCAGUCUGAACAGCGUUAACAGUAGUGACUCCAGAUCCAGUGGAUCCCACUCUCACUCACCCACUUCACACUAUCGCUACCGCAGCUCCAACCAGCCCCAACAGGUUCCAAUGAGGCUGUCCAGUGUGUCAUCCCAUGACUCUGGCUUCAUGUCCCAGGAUGCAUUCCAGUCAAAGUCCCCUUCCCCAAUGCCACCAGAAGGAACCAAUCAGAAUUCGUCAAGCUCUGCCUCCUCUGAAGCAUCUGAAACCUGCCAAUCAGUGAGUGAGUGCAGUUCACCCACUUCCGUAAGCUCGGGUUCUACCAUGGGAGCCUGGGCAUCAACAGAAAAGUUGACAAAUGGGUUUGAUUACUUCAGUUCAUCUAGUGAACCAUACCUUGCCUCAGUUGGUACACGUUUUCUCCCACAUUUUCAGCCCUCUUCCCGACCCUGUUCCAGACCUUGUUCAGCCGCUCUCCCAGUUUAUCCUCAUUAUUAUACCAUUGGGCCUGGCAUGUUUCCAUCAUCCAAAGUUCCUAGCUGGAAGGACUGGGCAAGACCAGGUCCCUACGAUCAGCCAGGAGUAAAUACCUUACCAAGGCGUAAAGACUCAGAGCAGCGACGAGAUGCUGAAGCAAAGACUCCAUCUCUUGGCCAGAAUGUACAAAUAGAGGAAGCACAGAGGACUAGAAGUAUGACUGUGUCUACUACAGCAAGGCAGGGGGAGGAGACAGAAACUCAUGAAGAACUGGCACUGGCCCUCAGCAGAGGUCUUCAGCUGGAUACUCAGAGGAGCAGUAGGGAUUCCUUGCAGUGCUCCAGUGGAUACAGCACACAGACAACCACACCAUGCUGCUCUGAGGACACAAUCCCUUCGCAAGUUUCAGAUUAUGACUACUUCUCAGUUAGUGGUGAUCAGGAUAUUGAACAGACGGAGUUUGACAAGUCCUCCACAAUUCCACGAAAUAGCGAUAUUAGCCAGUCCUAUCGUCGUAUGUUCCAGGCGAAACGUCCUGCAUCCACAGCAGGCUUACCAACAAACAGCGGACCGGUGAUGAUGACACCAGGAGUUGCUACAAUCAGACGGACGCCUUCAACCAAACCAUCAGUCCGAAGAGGGACAAUAGGAGGAGGCCCAAUACCAAUUAAGACUCCGGUGAUUCCUGUUAAAACACCAACUGUGCCUGAUGUAAGUAGCUUGUCAGGUGUGCAGCCUGGGCCAGAGGAAUGUCCAGAGCAGGGUUCUGAAGCUGCAGAAAGCUUGCAGGUCUCUCCAAAGAAAAGCAGUAUAUCAUCAACUGCUUGCACACAGGCACCUGUCGUUCCUCCAGUGCUAUCCCAAUCCGCUAGCCCCACAGACGAAGAGAAGCAGUCUGUGAUGAGCCAACAGAUGAUGACAGAAGUUGGAGCAUCCAACUUGGGUAUCACACUGGCAGCUGCAUCUGGGGAUCAGUCUUGUACCAGUACAGCUUUGACCCUGCAGGAGUUGGAUACAGCAGGUGAGCAUUCCACAGUUGAUGCUGCAGAGCCCCCUCAAGGUGAAGAUAUGCUGAGCGCCAUCCGACGUGGGGUGAAACUGAGAAAAACAACAACUAAUGACCGCUCGGCCCCAAGGUUUUCAUAAAUGUAUAAAUUGUAUUGUAGAGAUGACGGUAGAGGUCUCUGACUUGGAGAAAUCUAUUCUGUUGUAAUCUCAAUAACAUACCACCAUGUAUUUUAUUUGAGAGGCUUAUGAGAGAGGAAACUGGUGGAAUAAAGAGAAAAGGCAGUGGGGGGGGGAAAUAGUGGGGGUGGGGAAUCUUUACUAGUUGCAUUACGUUUUGGAUUUUAUGGUCUGUAAAUAUGAAAACUGUUUUCUGUUGUAGCUGCUUUUUAGUUUACCUGUUGCUUUUUUUCCCUCCCUUCUGCCAAACCAGAAGGUGCCAAAUCAUAUCUGACAUGCUAUCGAUUUCAUUGUAAUUUGCUAGAGCACAACAUGAUAAAGGUUUUUUAAAUUCUGGAAUGAAUAAUUUUGUUUAAAAGACUAUUGUGUAAGGUGUUCAUCAGCUGAAAACUGAUGAAUAGUGCACUGAAUUAAUGGUGCAUAGAGAAAAUGAAAGUUUUAAUUUAUUGGAUUUUAUCCAUGUUACAAGAUUUAUUUCUAUAGGAUGGAGCGAUAAGCAGCAUCACACAGUAUUAACUUUAGUUACUGUCUGUACAGUAAUUUGAAGGAAUUUAACAGACUACCAGCUAACAAUUUAAGCAAUACAGUGCAAUUAGGGCAAAAUGAGUCAGCGAGGAUUUAAUAUUUAGUCGUAAAUUAGAGUGCCAUGACAAUGACCGUCCUUACAAAAUGGAUGUUUUUACACUGAUAGUUAAGCAUACUGUAGUUUUCUAGUGCUUAAUGUUGAUCCUAUUGAAAUGAGCCAUAUCCGGUUACACAACUUAUAAUUUCCUAUGCUGUUUAGACAUUGCUUUCUGUUAAAUUUAACUGUCCACAGAAAUGAGCUUGUUUGUGUGCACGUGACCAGAUGUUAUUUCUUUAUACCUGCAGCAGUUCAUAUGCUUUCUUCACCUUUCCCUUUUCCCCUCUAUUUUUCUAAUUUUAAAUAUAACUUUUAGGCUAAUGCAAUGGGAAGUAUGCGAAAUAAAGUAGUAACACACCUUUUAAAAACUGAGGUAGCAGGGAGUUCUCUAGUUAACAAUGCCUUUUUCUCAAAUUUUCUUCUUUUUAAAAAAAGAAAUAGAUUAACCCAGCAGGCUGGGGUAAGUAAAAACCCGUAUAGUGCAACUUUAAGAAAAGUAAGCAAAAUCUUCAUGCUAUGACAGAGCAGUAGCCAUAGAAUUACAGCUCAGGUCUUAUCCCUUGUGCAAAUGUACGUUCUUUUAAAAAUACUUUCAGGGGCUUGUUUGUUAUGUAUUGCAGCUCUUGAUUCAUAUCAAACUUGUAAUAAUUAAAUACAGAAAAUCAUAAAAUAAGAGUGUACGAGCAUUGUGUAUAGUUGCCAUCUCCUUUAUGCAUGAUUAAUUCUUCAAUAUAUAUUUAGCAUUUCUGGUAAACUUAAGCCCUAACCGUUACGUCAGUUUUGUAUUUUAGUAAUCAUGCUGACUAAUAAUGGCUGGUUUAAGUCAUGUAGUUUUCAGUAAAUGCUUAAUGUCACCUUCGCUGUACUCUCUAUCUCCUCUUCAUUCCCAGUGCCCUAAGGUGCCAGCACGAGGUGAUAGCAAGUAUGUUAAGCUUUUGGAAUACCGUUUGCUUCUCUUUUAAGUGUUAACCACUUAACGCAUUUAAAUGCAAGUAUUUUUAAUCCCAGACUUGCAGAUAUUUUUGCAUAUCUUUGACACUUCAGGAGUCACAAACGAUUGAAAAUGAAAUAAUUUCCAUCAAGCACUGAGUAUACAAGGACAUUCUAGAGGUUCUAAACAUGAAACCGCUGUUUUUAUUCAAUAAACUGAUGUGAAGCUGUUUUUGAUUUUUGUAAGAAAAAUUGGGCAAACCAGCAAUUGGAAGUUUCAUGGUUGCAACAUGCUUAAUAAACAAGCCCCUGGCUAGAAAAUAGCAUUAUCUUUGUAGUGCGCGUGGUGAUUCUGAUACUAAAACAAAACAGGUGAGACAGGAAUAGUUGAUAUACAGUAGUAACUCCAGCUGAUGCAGAUUGCAGAUGAUGCUAAUAGUUGAUGGUUACUUAAUAGCUCUUAAAAAAAAAUCAUAGAGACACAAUUGUAAUUGUUCAGUUCUAUAAAAAUGUAGGAAAACUUUUAAAUAAGAGGUAGUAUGUGAAGUAGAUUCUAACAUUCAUCACAUAUCUUGCAUCUCUUCAUGGAGUUAAAUAUUAAAUAAUGUUGCCAAAAUUUUAAUAAUAUGUAAACUGACAGAAUUGUUUUUGAAAUAGUAAAAAUUUGAUGUGUUUUGCAUAUUGUAAAAGCAGGUUAUCACACUGAAACUAGAAUUGUUUCUAAUGGUAAAUUAUUGUGGUUUUGUUCCUGGUUUGUAUUGAGAGUUGACCUCUCCAUGUGCAGUUUUUUUUGUUUGACAGGUGUAAAUAUAACAAUCUAUAAUUUUUGUGUCACCCUCUUCUGUGUAAUGAUUGCUUCAGCCCACAUUAAAGAAAUGUAAAAAAAAACUCUCUCCAUUUUGUAAUGACGUAUUUGUGUUCAUAAUUUAAAUUAUCUAAGUUGUACUAAAAUUGAAAAGUAAUUUGCUCUCAUACUUAUGUUCUGAUGUCAGAAUUUGCAUGUAGUUUGCAAAAGGUCUUGGCAAACAAGGCAUUCUUGGCCAACUCCUUGCAGGUCUUCUGUAUUUACAUAAUUAAAUUUGAUGGCAUAAA